AUGGCAAGUCAACAGCAGGUGGCGGAUCUCCUCAAGAACCUUAUUUCCAAAGGAUUGGAAACGCAAGAUGCCUUGCCGACCAUCAAGGCACUCGUGACGGCCAAGAUCUUUUCGUUGGAUCAACUGACACCUGACAACAUGCCAUCUUCCAUUUCCAAAUCCAUACAGGCCAAACUUUUGAAAAAGUCACGCAAAAAGGGAGCCCCGUCGCCUGGUAAGAAAAAGAAGCAAAAGACGACGCCAAUUUGCAUUCCUCCCGUCUCCACGGCGCCGCAAACAAUCCUGAUUAAUCGUUCUCCAAUCUUGACGCUGUGGGUCGCGGUCGUGGCAGAACGGCUGUUCUCGUUAAAGUUCGAAGAAGCCAUGACGGUAGGCAGUGCCUAUGCUGCGGAAUGUGCGCGAGCCAAGGGAACCAGUUUGGGGAUUUAUACCGAAACAACCCAAGAGAAAAAGGAUGGACCUAGUGAGGAUGCUGGUGACGCGAAGAGACAGUUUCUACUCAUGAAUCAGACUAUCCGCGCCAACCAAACACCCGCAGGAUGGAGAGCAAUUGGCAAUAAGGAGGAAGAAAUUGAUCCUCAUCAGAUUUGGAAAAGCUUGACCAAGAAAUUGGGGGAUGAUCUUCCUUUUGUUCUUGAGAGAAUGAGAGAGGCAGCAGAGGCAGCGGGGGAGGAUCUGGACGCUAGCGCGUACAACUAUUAUGUUCAUGUCCGACCAGGCAUCCCUCAUGGUACCAAAGGGUGGGGUGCUCAUGGGCAUUUGCAAACGAGCAAGUUGUCGGAUUUUUACCCCGUAUCCAAACCCCCACCUUCAGUGAAGUGA